GGUUAUGCGCUUGGUCAGCGCACGUGUGACUUGGUUUUCUGUAAAAAAAUAUCGUAUUUUUUCCUCUCGAUUUUCCCAGAAUUGUUUGAUUUUGAGAGGAUUGUGUCAGGAUACUAACAACAUGUCGAUUGAGAGGAAGAGUACUGUCAAGGUUGACUUCUUGAAGGGCAUUGAGGCUGAGGUACAAAAGAGAUGGGAAGAAGAGAAAACAUUUGAAAAUGAUGCUCCUGCUCCUGGCUCAGCAGAUGCAAAGAAAGACAAGUUCUUUUGCACAUUUCCUUACCCAUAUAUGAAUGGAAAAUUGCAUCUUGGUCAUACAUUUUCCUUAUCCAAGGCUGAGUUUGCAUCUGGCUACAACRGGUUGAAAGGAAAGAAGACCUUGUUUCCAUUUGCUUUUCACUGUACUGGAAUGCCAAUCAAGGCUUGUGCUGACAAGUUAAAGAGAGAAAUACAGGAAUUUGGAAACCCUCCUAAAUUUCCUGAGGUGGACAAGAGUGAAACAAGUUCUGUACAGUUAAAGAGUAAAGUGGCUGCUAAGACUGGUGGUGCUGUUUAUCAAUGGCAAAUCAUGAAAUCACUUGGACUAACAGACAGUGAGAUCCCUAAGUUUGCUAACACAGACCAUUGGCUAGAGUAUUUUCCACCACUUGCAAAGUCUGACCUGCAGUCUAUGGGCUUGAAGGUUGACUGGAGGCGUUCUUUCAUCACAACUGAUGUUAAUCCCUAUUAUGAUUCAUUUGUGAGAUGGCACUUUUGGACUCUUAAGGAGAAAGGCAAGGUCAAGUUUGGAAAGAGUACAUUGCAUUUGAGACAAACAUCCCAAACGAGGUCUACAUCUGUUCUUAUCGUGCGGCAAGAAACAUGUCAUAUCAAGGGUUUACUUCCAAAGAGACCGAAGUUGUUGUGUUGGUAGAGUUUACUGGCCAGGAUAUCAUGGGUCUGGCUCUCAAUGCGCCUCUCACAUCUAAUAAGGUUAUCUACACCCUACCAAUGCUGACUAUCAAAGAAGAUAAGGGUACUGGUGUUGUAACGUCCGUUCCUUCUGAUGCUCCAGAUGAUUAUGCAGCUCUUCGUGACUUGAAGAAGAAAGAGGAUUUGCGCAAGAAGUUUGGCAUAACGAAUGAGAUGGUGCUUCCAUAUGAUCCCAUCCCGAUCAUUGAGGUUCCAGGAUAUGGCAACCUGUGCGCAGUCAAGGCCUGUGAUGACCUUAAAAUCAAGAGUCAAAAUGACCGCGAUCAGCUGACGGAGGCCAAGGAGAUUACCUACAAGAAAGGAUUUUACGAGGGGACUUUGAUUGUGGGUGACUUCAAAGGGCAGAAGGUCCAGGAUGUUAAGAAACUUGUGCAGAAGAAGAUGCUGGAUGAGGGCAAUGCUCGUAUUUACAUGGAGCCAGAGAAACUGGUUAUUUCUCGUUCAGGAGACGAAUGUGUUGUCUCUCUCUGUGAUCAAUGGUAUCUAGAGUACGGCGAGCCGUCAUGGAAAGCGCAAACAGCAGAGGCCUUGUCCAACUGUAAUACGUAUUCUGAAGACACGCGCAAAAAUUUCAUCGCUACCUUAGACUGGUUGCACGAGCAUGCGUGUUCAAGGUCAUACGGUCUAGGAACGCGUUUGCCCUGGGAUGAACAAUACCUUGUAGAAUCCCUAUCUGAUUCUACUAUCUAUAACGCAUACUACACCGUAGCUCAUCUGCUACAAGGAGGAGUUUUUGAUGGAUCAGCUGGAAGUCCGUUGGGAAUAAAAGCCGAGCAAAUGACGCGGGAGGUCUGGGACUAUGUAUUUUUUAAAGACGCUCCAUUCCCCAAGACGGACAUCAAAAGAGACGCCUUAGAUAAACUUCGUCAAGAAUUUCAAUACUGGUACCCAGUUGACCUCCGAGUGUCCGGCAAGGACUUGGUGCCUAAUCACCUGACCUAUUACCUGUACAACCACACUGCAGUCUGGUCCAAUGAGAAAGACAAGUAA